AUGGUCGCGCCCGCUGUUCCUGAGAUUCAUGAGGAGGAGGAGUUAUUCGUUGCGGUCGAUGCGCGCACAGAGUCGCUGCAGAGCUUGCGGGAAUUGGGUCCCCCGGACCUGGUCUACUUGGUGAAACAACCAAAGGCCAAUUCAACCCGCCAGACCGGCGUGUACCACCAUGUCACCGGAAUCGAUGCGUCCUCAUCUGCGAGCUUAGCCGCCUAUGUUAACACCCUUACAUUCUCACCCCUCGAUAAGACUCAUAAAGUGGUGUCUGGGAUUUACUGUUGCUACAAUGCGUUCUCACACCUCGACAUGCGAGUCGAAGUCAAGAUCCCGGGCAGUCUAGAGGCAUACUGCAUUGAUGAGCACGGGGACAAGCGUGUGGCUACGGAAGCACUCUGGCUAGAAACAUUCCUGUGCGCUGUUUUGAGGGCUUAUCUAUAUGCCGAUGAUGGAAGCGGAGAUGCGAUCAAAAAGAUUGUUGGCGUCAGACGGUUUAACCCGGUGACGAACACCGAAAUGGAACACAAGUUCUUGGAUGCUGCUGAAAAGUUGUUUUUCCUGGGUCGCCAGCUUAGCUCCGACCCUGAGACACAAGUCCCCAACACCGUCAGCAACCAUUUGACAUCUGGUAUUCUCAAGUACAUCUACACAACCGGGCGUUAUACAUCCGGUAUCAACCUGUUUGAGAAAUUGCGCACACGGGACGUCGAAGUCUCAUCCCUUCUAGCUCGUGUACAGAUUAUGGCAGAUGAGGAAGUGCAAGCAGUGCGGUUGUUGUAUGACGCCCUGCAGGAUGUCCCGAUGGACUACGCUCUUCUCGAUUGCCAGGCAGACUUCUGCCAGACCAAAGGCGAAGGCGAAAUGGCCCUCGAGUGUGCCAAGCGGGCUGUCACUGCUGCACCGAGUGAGUUCAGCACCUGGGCUCGCCUGGCUGAAGUCUACGUUGGCUUGGAGCAGUGGGAUUUGGCACUGUUGACUCUCAACUCGUGCCCAAUGUUCACCUACCAAGAUAAGGACACCCCGCGCAUGCCACAACCAUCACGUAUCAUGCUUCCCAUUCUUUCUGAGAGCAUCCUCGAUGAGAUUGAUGAGGGCCAGCCUAAGCAAGGGGAUCCUCACGACUACGUGCAUCCUUCUUUGAGGAAACUACAUGCUGCUGGAUAUCAGGGAACAUUCCUGAAGGCCUACAACCUGCUCACUAAGAUUGCCGCUGCGAUUGGAUGGGACCAAUUGCUCAAGACCCGCAGCGAGGUUUUUGUUAUGGAAGAGGAAUACCGUGUCGAGCGCCAGCAUGUUCCGAAGCCAGCACAGUCGCUCGAGGCUGAGACAAAUGGGAAUACAAUUGAGGAUGAGGAGGAGAUCGAUGACGAAGAUUCAGGCUCCGUUUCUGGGCCUGGCCCAGCAGAGUCUGCCACCAACGGCAAUGGUGAUGACACAAAGGUUGAGAGCUCCAUUGAGCGACCUGAGCAAAGCAUGGCUUCCGAGGUUGUGAAGUCCGGAAACGACGAUCCCGAUCCAUCACACAACGCAUACACGCAAUUCCGGAACAAGCGCCUUUGUGAGCGGUGGUUGGACAACCUGUUCAUGGUGCUCUACGAGGAUCUCCGCAUCUACACGAUCUGGCGAACCGAGAUGGCCCAGUUCCGCCAGCAGGCUAUGGAAUACAAGAAGUCAGCUACCGAAUGGGAAAUCCUCGGUGAACUUGCAGAGCGUCUGCACCACUUCGACGAGAGUAUCGAGGCCUAUCAGAGUUGCUUAGGAAUUCGAUUCUCGCCCAAGGCUAUGCGCGGUCUUCUCAAGCUGUAUGAAAAGAGAAACGAUACCCGGGGUAUGCUGGGUGCCCUAAUUCGUCUGAUCGCUUGGCAGUAUCGCUGGUACUCCGAGUUUUCCCCGGAGCUGUUGUACCUGGUACGAAAGCUGAUCGAGGAUGAGGGCGCCGUCAAGGUUCGAAGCAUCGUUCAGGCAACCAAUCUGCCCCAGCCCGUCCUGGAUCUUACACACCAAUAUUGCCAGCUGUGUGCUACAUUCCGUAGCAGUGGCAGUGAUGCUUAG